GCCCUCUCCCUCGGCGUAGCCCUCAGAGAUCAGGUGAAGAUCCGCCCCCUCGCGCUUCUCUAGGGUCCACCGCCCCUCGGGUCUAGUACCGCCUCUUCCGCGUUCCCCGCGGAGCUGGCUGCUCGUCGGCAGCGCGCGACCGCUCCCGGCGCGAGUCCGCUGAGGGAAAGACGAGACAGCGAGAUUUUCAUGCCAGAUACGAUGAAGCAGAGGCUGACCUGAAGCAGAAGAGGACUGAAGAAUGUCUGUUACAUACAGAGACUGUUGACACACUUCCUGUGGCCGGAAGACAGCAAUCCUCUGUCCAAAGCAUUAUUUUAUUUGGAAUUUCAAGUUUGUAGAGGAUUUUCUUUCCAAGAGUUGGGCAAACCUAUAGAGAUGGGCAGCAGUGAACCCCUUCCCAUUGCAGAAAGUGACACACGGAAGAAGAAGAAACGGAAGGCCCGGGCUGCUGACUUUUUGCCUGGAAAAUUUGAAGAUACGUACAAGCUGACCUCUGAAUUGCUUGGAGAAGGAGCCUAUGCCAAAGUUCAAGGUGCUGUGAGCCUGCAGAAUGGCAAAGAGUAUGCUGUCAAAAUCAUCGAAAAACAAGCAGGGCAUAGUCGGAGUAGGGUAUUUCGAGAGGUGGAGACGCUCUAUCAGUGUCAAGGAAAUAAGAACAUUUUGGAGCUGAUUGAGUUCUUUGAAGAUGACACAAGGUUUUACUUGGUCUUUGAGAAAUUACAAGGAGGCUCCAUCCUGGCCCACAUUCAGAAGCGGAAGCACUUCAAUGAGCGAGAAGCCAGCCGAGUGGUACGAGAUGUUGCUGCCGCCCUUGACUUCCUGCACACCAAAGGCAUUGCUCACCGCGAUCUGAAGCCAGAAAAUAUAUUGUGUGAAUCUUCAGAAAAGGUGUCUCCAGUGAAAAUCUGUGACUUUGACUUGGGCAGUGGGGUGAAACUGAAUAACUCCUGCACCCCCAUAACUACACCAGAGCUGACCACUCCAUGCGGCUCUGCAGAAUACAUGGCCCCGGAGGUGGUGGAGGUCUUCACAGACGAGGCCACGUUUUACGACAAGCGCUGUGACCUGUGGAGCCUGGGAGUGGUCCUUUACAUCAUGCUGAGUGGCUACCCGCCCUUUGUAGGUCACUGUGGGGCCGACUGUGGCUGGGACCAGGGAGAGGUCUGCAGGGUGUGCCAGAACAAACUGUUUGAAAGCAUCCAAGAAGGCAAGUAUGAGUUUCCUGACAAGGACUGGGCACACAUCUCCAGUGAGGCCAAAGACCUCAUCUCCAAGCUCCUGGUUCGAGAUGCGAAGCAGAGACUGAGCGCCGCCCAAGUUCUGCAGCACCCAUGGGUGCAGGGGCAGGCUCCAGAAAGGGGACUCCCCACACCGCAAGUCCUCCAGAGAAAUAGCAGCACCGUGGACCUGACACUCUUCGCAGCAGAGGCCAUUGCCCUUAAUCGCCAGCUGUCUCAGCACGAGGAGAAUGAACUGGCAGAGGAGUCAAAGGCACUGGCCGAGGACCUCUGUUCCAUGAAGCUUUCCCCUCCCUCCAAGUCACGCCUGGCCCGUCGGAGGGCCCUGGCCCAGGCAGGCCGCAGUGGAGAUGAGGGAUCGUGCCCAGCACCCUCAGCUCUCUGACCGACUCCAGUCACACCUUUCAGGCCCUAGGCCUGCCCAGGCAUUGCCCCCUGGGCACCUGUGAGGCCAUAGUCUUCAAGAUGGCAGAGGGACGGCCACGUGGCUGCAGCAGGGUUUUUUUGUCCACCAAGGCCCUGAGGUUCCCAUCCAACCCCCAUUUCCCUGGAGACCUCAAGGAAAAAGCUUUUUCCAAAGGGGUUGUCUUUGAAAAGGAAAGCAAUCACUUGUCACUUUGCAUAAUCGCCUGAGGCAGGGACAUCUCUGCUGGGCUCUUGCCCACCUGCUCUCCGCCUGCAGAUCCUGGAUCCAGCUUGCUCUCGUGAAUGAGCGGCAGUGGCGCUGGGGCUGCAGCCCUCGGGGAGCCAGCCUUGAGAAGCUGACAGAGGCUCUUCCCUCCCUGCACUGUCACCCCCGCUCAGUCGGUCCUUCUACCUUCCUCUGUCCUCUGGAUGUCCUCCCCCAGGGCUGAGCAAAGCCAUCCCCUCAAUUCAGGGAAGGGCAGAGAGACUGCGUUCUGGAAGCCAGAUCAGUCUUCCAGUCUGGAGCACAGAGAAGCACAUAAUCUUUCUUUGCCGUGACCGAAGCAUGUCCCUCAUUUAUCAUCCUCUUCCUUGUUUGGUUGGGAUUGCUUCUGAAGUCAGUAUUAUUUCGCUUUAAAAAAAAUUUUUUUUUUUAACCAUGCUCUUCCAGCAAAGAUAGGAGUUUAAAUUCCCACUGCAAGCCCACGGACUUGCCAGAGCAUACAAAGGCUCGCUCUUCUUUUGCUGAAUGUCCAUACUUUUGAAAGGUUUUAAUUGGCAGUUUCCUAUUAUUCUAACUGGUUUUAAGCGAUUAGGAGAUGAGUGCCUUAGAGACCAAGUCUGCAGCUUCAUCUCUCUCGGGCCUGGUGUGGAAGGCAGCACAGGUCUGGGGCAGUUACAAGGAGCUCUGUGCCUGAGGUAGAGCCACAUCCAAGGCAGCCCAGCCCUGUUCGGAGCCACCUGAGUUUGCUGCCUGCUGGAGAACGUGAAGGCAAACCUGGGAUCAUAUAAGCUGAGCUGCUGAGUUAUCCUGAAGAAAAUUGACAUGCGUAUGUCAGACCUUUAUACAACACAACGAUGCUAUGACACAUUGAGCUUGUUUUAAUAAAACG